CGAUAGUCGCGUGCUGUCCAUAAGACACGCCAGUCCACGUUCCGACGCACUAAACAGCAUUUUGUGUACUCACGUCGUAUUUCAUAGCUCACGUAAAAAAACUUAUCGAUAUUGUUGUAAUCGACAAAAAACACUUUGCUGAUGAUCAUGCCACUAUGAAACGACACCGGAUGGCCGUAAUACUAUGGUGCACGGCCACAGUGGCUUUAGGGCUGUUUUCCAAAUUAACCUCAGCAGCAAUUGUCCCUUCAGUGAUUAUGGAUGAUCCAGAAUUUACGGAACCUAUAGUGAACGUGACUGUACCCGCAGGACGUAGUGUGAAGUUAGGCUGCUCUGUCAGAAAUCUGGGAUCAUACAAGGUAGCAUGGAUGCACUUUGAACAGUCGGCUAUAUUAACGGUGAACAGUCAUGUGAUAACAAGAAAUCCGAGGAUUACAGUGUCACAUGAUAAGCAUCGUACAUGGUUUUUACACAUAGGCAAUGUUCAACAAGAAGAUCGCGGACGCUAUAUGUGUCAAAUAAAUACUAUUACAGCUAAAACACAAAUAGGAUUUUUAAAUGUAGUCGUUCCACCUUCAAUUUCAGACUCGCUAAGUAGUUCUGAUGCCAUUGUGCGAGAAGGCGCUAACGUUUCAUUAACAUGUCAUGUAGAUGGGUUCCCUAAACCCGAAAUAAAAUGGAAACGCGACGACGGUGCACAAAUCAACAUAAACAAAACACUAACCGUUAGCGAAUGGGCUGAACCUACAUUGGAAUUACACAAGAUUAGUCGGCUGGAUAUGGGUGCAUAUCUCUGUAUAGCUACUAAUUCAGUACCGCCAUCGGUCAGCAAAAGAAUUAAAGUCAGUGUUGAUUUUCCGCCAAUGCUUUGGAUACCUCAUCAGCUUGUGGGCGUUCCAUUAGGAUACAAUGUAACGUUAGAGUGUUAUACUGAAGCCCAUCCAACGUCGUUGCAUUACUGGACUCGAGAUAACGGGCAGAUGUUGCAUGACAACAGCAAAUAUAAAGCAAUUUCAAUUCAGGGCAUUCCUUCGUACAAAGUACAAAUGAAGUUGACUAUCAUGGAUGUGUCACAAACCGACUACGGUGUGUACAAAUGUGUAGCGAAAAAUUCUCGCGGAGAGACUGAUGGCACUAUUCGAUUGUACACUUCACACCCACCCACUCUGGCACCAGAACUUCAGCGCACGGAGAACCCUUACCCUUCCGGCUUCCCAGCUUUAGGUCCACAAUGGCCCACUGGAAACAAUGAUUUGGAAAACAGCGCGUCCAAUCACAUGAAUGGAAAUGAAGGUAAAAAAGAUAACUCUUUUUUAAACGAAAUCGAUCAUUUCGGGGAAAAAAAUACAAUUUUCAAACCAGAAAAUUCAAACACCCACAUGGUCUCUACGAAAAAUUCAACACCGAGACUAAAGAUUUCGACCGAAAUAAUGUUAUUGGUCACAGCAGCUACCGUCACCCAUCUAAUGAUGUUCAGAUUGUCCAGGCCAAUAUAAAACAUCAUGUUAGAUAUUACAAGCUAAAACUAACCCUCGUAUAGAACAAAAACAUUUUGUCUGACAAAAAUAAACUGUACUACGGAUAUCUUCUCUCCCUCGUCAAUCAAAAUAAAAUGUAUACAAAUAUUAUUACAAUAAAAUAAUUACACUAGAUCAUCUAUUAUUAUUAUUCAGUAUACGCUGGAAACCUUAUUCUCUACUCUCAGAGAAUAUGCAAUCGACCCUAUCAACGUGCUAAGAAGAUCGACAAGUAUUAGAACAAAGUACACUACAAGUAUUUAUAAUAGUUUUUUACAGCAAACCACACCAUUAAAAUAUUACUACAUCAAGUACUUUUUACCAAAAAGAGGCGGAAUUGAUCUAAAGUAUUCGAGUACAUUCAAUUCCUGUCUCAUUGUUUCCACUCAAGUCAUGUAAUGUAUUCGCUCAGUUAAGGACGACGAAUUAUUCGCAGUUGUUCUUACACACAAAUUGUACAGCCAAGUCGUAUGCUCGUGCGAAGUUAUUAUUAUCGUCAGCAUCAUCAUUAAUAUAAUUAUUAAACUGAAUGUGUUAGUGAAAUGAUUUAUAUGUUAUGUGCGUCAAAGAAAAUUCAUAACGGUUGUUGAACACAAUAAUUACAAAAUUAUAAAUCCGCUAGUAUUUUAUGGUCCAAUUUGAAUGAACAAAUGAAUUUCCAUUUUUGUUAAAAAAAAAUAUUGGAUAAGUAUUUAACGCAAUUAAUGUAGUAGAAAUCUAUUACAAUAAUUUAACUAUUGUUUUUGUAAAUAAGAGUCGAUCAUAAAAAUAAGUGUAGAACAAUUUCUAGUAUGUUAAUAAUUAUUUUUACAACAAAGAUUUAUGUUUUCGUUAAAUCAUUUUUUUAUUCCAUCGCACGACCGUGUAAAUUCAAACGUGUAUGUUAGUUCUAAGGCCUAAACAUUUAUCAUAGCCUAGGACUUGUAACGCUGUAGAAAUAAUUAAGUUGACAUUUUAUUCGUUAUGUUUUGUAAAUCAUAUGUGUACGAUAAACCGCAUUUAUAUGUAUUAAUAAAAUUUUAAAAUAAAAUCGUGCAAUUUAAAUUGUUUA